AUGGAAGACUCCAAGACAGUGGUUGAAGAUCUAGCCCCCCCGGCGGUGUCUCCUACUGUCAAGUCUGGGAAAGAGUCUGACUCUAACAGGAAAGGAAUUUCCUCUGUUCCAAUGGAGAUACUAAAUCUGAUUGAAACAGAGGUUAUAUUGAGUGCACAUGAAGAAGAUGUACCGAGAACUUUGGUCGACGCGAUUGAUCAAAGCGCGUCUUCCGAGGGCCGCCAAACCCACUCCAGUCUCCCGGGAUGGAGGCGUAUCUGUGUCUGCGGUGAACGAUACGAAGAAACAAUGGAUGUUAUGAGAUGUCGAGAGAAGGUGAUGGCUGAGGUUAGCGGUAGAGAGGCACAAAAGUACCUGCUUAAGCACUUUGGCUUGACAACGGCAGUAAUUAGCACACCACUUAAGCAUUCAAUUGUACUCUUGAUCCUACCGUCCAAGGUUCUUGCUAGUUAUCCUCACGAUAUAUCGGAGCUUACAGGGGGGCGACUUCCAUUAUCCAAAACCCAUCUCAGUAGGGUGUCCUCUCAUCCACCUGUUACAACCCCACUAGUGACUCCUUCUGAUGACUUCAUUGCUCAUCUUCAUCCGGGGAUGUUUGCCCAGCAUCACUGGCGCCUCAGGAACCAGAACUACGGAAUUAGAGCAUCUCUAAUCGAUCCGGAUUACACAUUUCUGACCGAAGGUAUGAUAAGAAGAAUUCGAUGGUGCGUCGAAGAGUUGGUGUUGUGGAAAGCUGUCCGAGUUGCCCGUGAAGAACUGGGGUAUGAAGAACUCACGCGCAUAGAGCAUUUCAAUAUGACUCUGUUAUCUGACAAGGAACACGUCAAUAACCCGAAAGAGAAAAAAAUCAUAGGAGAUAAUCGCACUAACAAGCAUCUCAAGGAGAGACCGCUCCAGGGUCAAGAUACGGAGAAGCAAGCAAACGCUUUGAAAGUACAGGAACGAAAGUAUUGGGGCACAGCUAUCAAGCCGUCUCUGUGGUUAUUGGAGGAGUUGACAUACGAGCCUUAA